AUUUUUUUGGUUUUCCAUCAGUUUUCUGCCACCUAAAAUUUUUGUUCCUCUGGAAACCUAAAACCCUAAUAAACCUUCUAAAUUUUCAGUCAUGAUGUUUUCAUUGUUUUUCUGGAAGUGAAUUAUAUUGUACUAAACUGCAAAUGAAUUCAUUCCAAUUUUCAAAGUUUAUACUUGGAAUUUUUAUUUUUUAUUUUUUAUUUUUUGGUAAUACACGGAGUUAGCUUAUUAGGCCUGGCAACAGAUAUCAAUGGCAUCGAGUUUGCUCCAAUGGGAAUCGGACCCUCUGUUUUCGGCGGCCGAAGUUGUCCAAGACUCCGCUGACAGGAUGGAAUCGAUUUUCCGCCUUCUGGUGCAUGAGCUGACUCUAGUUCAAGGCGACCAAACAGACCCAAAGCUACUUGCAUCUAUAAAUUAUCAUAGGCGUGAUCUUGCAACAACACUUGAAACGGCAAAGUGGCAGCUGGAGGAUUUUGAAAGAGCAGUCAGCUUGUCAGCCGUAACAGACAAGUCCAAGAUGAGGGAAGAUGUAAUUUCUAGGAACAGGCAGUUUAUCCGAGCUAUCAGGGAACAAAUAAUUCAAGUGGAGAAAAGCUUGGAGGAGGCAUCAAUAGGAUAUCCCAUUAAAAAUGCAGAUUGGAUCAACUUGAACGAAGACGAUAGAGAUGGAUUGGCGUUGUUUCUUUCUGGGGGAAGUCCCUCUAAGAGCUCAAGUCCUUAUGAAUUGGAGGACAGUGGUAUCUUGAGAAGAUUUCUUGAUCCAACCACAGCUUCUAGUUCUCAAGACAAUACUUCGCAUAAUUUUGAGAUCAAAAGCAUAAAAGUUGACAACUUGAAUAUGAAUGAGGUUGUGCACGUGAACCAUAAUUUUGGCUCUAUGGGGAAUAACUUGCGAAAUAUGGAUUCUUGUUUUUCUUCACAAUUGGGUGAAUCAAGGGAUAAUCUUCUGGAAACAUAUUGUAAUGGAUACGGUGAAGAUGGGAAUUGGGAUCUGGAGGUUAAUCAAACUAAACCUCAAAACGGUUUCCAUGAGAACAAGUUGAGAAGGUUCCGCAGCAGAAAUAAUAUAUUUGGAUUCUUCGGUAAUCUAUGGACUGCAUAUGAGAGUCCGUUCACAAGGAAUUAUAUAAAGAGAUUGAAAGAUGGUGAAGAACAAGCUCAUUCAACAACAGGAACUGAUGUUCUCAAUGAUGGACAGAGCUGGUUGGGGACAUGUAGGGUGGCAUAUCAAAGAUGGACUCAUUACGUUCAAGUUAAUCGACAUUCUUUUCGGUUGACAUUGUCAAUAAUAUUUACACUCAUUAUUCUUGGUAUGCUGGUGUCCCGUAUGGCUUAAAAAGAUUCACUAUGCGAUCUGCAUAUAGGAUGUUUGCUAAGAGAGCGUGAAUAAUCAGUGUAGAAGGGCUAAAUCUAGCCUCCGUAAAGUCUGUAUAUGCGAGUGUGAAUGCGUUGCAAUUUAAUCUUGGUGGGUAAUCCGUUCACCACGAUUUAUUUUAACCAUCUGAGGGAUUGUGAUUUUACUGAAUUAAAUGUUUAGUGGAUGGUUAUACCGAGUGAUUUCUUCA